GGCCUUACCCCCUGCCCCACCCGGUCGCGUCUAAACCCAUCGAGCAGAGCAGGUGCCGCUGCCGCCGCCGCCCCUCGCCGCACUCUGCCGGCGACCAUGUCCGACCAGGCGCCACCUUACGCGCCUCUCCCCCUCGUCUCCUCCCUUCCACCAGAUCCUAGCUCCACCCCGACGCCGAACCCCACCCUUGUCCUCCCCAAUCCUGGCUUCUCCAACAAGCGCAAGCGCACCGGAUUCCGCCGCAAGGUCCCCUCCGGGUCCCCGGCCGCCCCCGCCUCCUCUCCCGCGGCGCCCUCCCAGCCGCCACCCCCUGCUUCCGCCGCCGACGACAUCAUAGUGAUCAACCGGGAGCCUACCGCGGAGGCCGUCACCGCGCUCACCGCGGGCUUCCCGGCGGACUCUCUCACCGACGAGGAGAUCGAGGCUGGCGUGGUCUCCGACGUGGGCGGCAUCGAGCAGGUCAACUACAUCCUCAUCCGCAACCACCUCCUCUGCCGGUGGCGCGAGACCUACAACUCCUGGCUCGCCAAGGAGCCCUUCGCGACGCUCAUCCCUCCCCACUGCGAGCACCUCCUGAACGCCGCCUACUCCUUCCUCGUGUCCCACAGCUACGUUAACUUCGGUGUCGCGCCGGCCAUCAAGGAGCGCAUCCCCAAGGAGCCCACGAGGCCUACCACCGUCGUCGUCAUCGGUGCGGGCCUUGCCGGGCUCGCCGCGGCACGGCAGCUGGUGGCGUUCGGGUUUAAGGUCAUAGUCUUGGAGGGCCGCAAGCGCUGCGGUGGCCGCGUGUACACGAAGAAGAUGGAAGGCAGUGGGCGUUCAGCUACUGGUGAUCUCGGGGGCAGCGUGCUUACCGGGACGUUCGGCAACCCGCUGGGAAUUGUGGCGAAGCAGCUCGGCUUGCCAAUGCACAAAAUUAGAGACAAGUGCCCACUCUACCGUCCGGAUGGAUCACCAGUUGACCCAGAGGUGGAUAAGAAAGUAGAGAUUACAUUUAACAUGCUUCUUGAUAAGUCAAGCAACCUGCGGUCAUCCAUGGGGGAGGUGGCAGUGGAUGUUUCGCUCGGGGCUGCUCUCGAGACAUUACGCCAGACAGAUGGAGGCAUAUCCACACAGGAGGAGAAGAACUUGUUCAAUUGGCAUCUAGCAAAUCUCGAGUAUGCCAAUGCCGGAUUGUUGUCGAGGUUGAGCCUUGCGUUCUGGGACCAGGAUGAUCCAUAUGACAUGGGUGGGGAUCACUGCUUCUUGCCUGGUGGCAAUGGGAGACUUGUGCAAGCCCUGGCAGAGAAUGUGCCGAUUGUUUACGAGAGGACGGUGCACACUGUACGAUAUGGAGGGGAUGGGGUGCAGGUGGUUGUCAAUGGAGGGCAGGUGUAUGAAGGGGACAUGGCACUGUGCACAGUUCCACUUGGGGUUCUGAAAAAUGGAGGCAUCAAGUUUGUACCUGAGUUGCCACAGAGGAAGCUUGAUAGUAUUAAGAGGCUUGGAUUCGGGUUAUUGAACAAGGUAGCCAUGCUGUUUCCACAUGUUUUUUGGAGCACUGACCUUGAUACAUUUGGGCAUCUGGUUGAAGAUCCAAGGCGACGUGGGGAGUUCUUUCUGUUCUAUAGCUAUGCGACAGUGGCUGGUGGCCCAUUGUUGAUGGCCUUGGUUGCUGGUGAAGCUGCUCACGAUUUUGAAACCACACCGCCAACUGGUGCUGUCAGCUCAGUUCUUCAGAUACUAAGAGGUAUCUAUGAACCACAAGGGAUUGAGGUUCCAGAUCCUCUACAGAGUGUUUGCACUAGAUGGGGCACUGACUCCUUCAGUCUAGGUUCAUAUUCUCAUGUUGCUGUCGGAGCAUCUGGAGAUGACUAUGACAUAUUAGCUGAAAGUGUUGGGGAUGGACGACUUUUCUUUGCUGGCGAGGCUACCACGAGACGUUACCCAGCAACAAUGCAUGGUGCUUUUAUCAGUGGAUUGCGGGAGGCUGCUAACAUCACAGUCCAUGCCAAUGCCCGAGUAGCAAAGACUAAAGUGGACAGAAGCUUGUCAACAAACACACAGGCUUGUGCUACUAUACUAACAGACUUGUUUAGGCAACCAGAUUUGGAGUUUGGGAGCUUCUCUGUUAUUUUCGGAGGAAAAGCUUCUGACCCAAAAUCCCCAGCUAUUCUAAAGGUGGAAUUAGGUGGCCAGCGAAAGAAGAAUGCAACUGAAGGUGCAAAGACAGAACAGAACCACUCAAACAAAUUGUUGUUCCAGCAGCUCCAGUCACAUUUUAACCAGCAACAGCAACUUUUUGUUUACACGUUGCUAUCACGACAGCAAGCUAUGGAGUUAAGAGAAGUUAGAGGAGGUGAUGACAUGAGGUUGCAUCACCUCUGUGAAAAAAUGGGGGUGAAAUUAGUUGGCAGGAAAGGCCUUGGUCCUGGUGCAGAUGCAGUGAUUGCAUCCAUUAAGGCAGAACGUAACAGGAGUCGAGCUAAACCUGGCCCCUCAAAGCUGAAGAAGUCAAUGAAGCCUAAUGUUGUUGCGUCAUGAUCACUGACUGCUGAUUUCUUGUGGAACCUGACUACCUAUAGUUGAUAACUUGAUAUUUACCAGGCAACGAAUGUGUUCAUUUGGAUGGAGCAUUUGCUCCUGCUGAAUUUGUCUCAAGCCAACUUGCAUAGAAUAUUUGGCAAUUGCUUUAGGUUAAAGUAAUUUCCUCUUAGAUUCCAGUGAUUUUCCUUUUUUUUCAGAGGCUGUUGUGAUGUUGCAUCUGAAAUCUGGGGAUUCUGCAAAGCUUAUUUGUUGGUGGUGUAACCUCUAAUUAUUGAAGAAGCUUGUAUGUGGAUGUCCUUUUGUAAUCUCAAAUUGGAAGAGCAACGUAGCUAGUGUAAAUGGUUUUUAGAAAAAUGGAUGAGAAAUGUGACUUUUCUUGGAUC